AUGUCCGACAAAGAAGGCGCCGCUCCUCCCACCGAGCACCUGAACAUUAAGGUGACCGAUAACAACAACGAAGUCUUCUUCAAGAUCAAGCGCACAACCCAGCUGAAGAAGCUUAUGGAUGCCUUCUGCGAACGUCAAGGAAAGCAAAUUUCCACCGUCCGUUUCCUGUUUGACGGCACCCGCGUUCGCCCCGAAGAUUCGCCCGACACUCUUGAUAUGGCAGAUGGUGAUACCUUGGAGGUCCACCAGGAGCAGAUCGGUGGUUGCUAG